CUCGUUUUCCCGUCAUGCCGUAUGUGUAGUGUUGCUGUGUCAGUGUGGUGCUUGCUUGCUCUUUCGUUUACUCUUUAUCAAUAAAAAUGGCCGGCAAUAACACAUACAGACUGCGCUGCUCGCUCCCCGCGCACGAGAUGGAUGUGCGCGGUCUCGCCGCCGCGGCGUAUCCUGACGGAGCGUUUGUGUCAGUGUCCAGAGACCGAACCGGCCGGGUCUGGGUACCGGACUCAAGUGAAAACAAUGGAUUUAUGGAGAUGCUCUGUAUGAAUGGCCAUGCCAACUUUGUGUCCUGUGUGUGUAUCAUCGCUCCAACUGAAACAUAUCCCAGAGGACUCAUCGCCACCGGAGGACAUGACAACAACAUCUGUGUGUUUUCAUUAGACCGACCGGAUCCUCUCUUUACACUCAAGGGUCACAAAAACACAGUUUGCACGCUCUCCGCCGGCAAGUUUGGCACAUUACUGAGUGGCUCAUGGGACACGACAGCCAAAGUCUGGCUUAGUGAAAAGUGCAUGAUGACGUUACAGGGACACACGGCAGCUGUAUGGGCUGUGGUUAUUUUGCCGGAACAGGGCUUAAUGCUUUCUGGAUCAGCUGACAAGACGAUCAAAUUAUGGAAAGCCGGUCGCUGUGAGAAUACUUACACUGGUCAUGAGGAUUGUGUGAGAGGACUCGCGGUGAUAAACGAAGUGGAGUUUCUCUCCUGCAGUAAUGAUGCAAGUAUUAGACGAUGGAUGGUGACGGGUGAAUGCGUGCAGGUUUACUAUGGUCACACUAACUAUAUCUACAGCAUUUCGGUCUUCGCUAAUGGACAAGACUUCAUAAGUACAGGAGAGGACAGAACAGUCAGAGUCUGGAAGAAGGGGGAAUGCUGUCAGACUAUCCGUCUACCUGCUCAGUCCGUGUGGUGCUGCUGUGUCCUACCUAAUGGAGACAUUGCUGUUGGGGCCAGUGAUGGUGUAAUCCGUGUGUUCACUGAGAGCGAGGAUCGUGUAGCCAGCGCCCAGGACCUGCAGGCUUUUGAGGAUGAGCUCUCCAAAGCCAUCAUUGAUCCCAAAACUGGAGACUUGGGUGACAUUAACAUAGAGGAGUUACCAGGCAAAGAGCACCUGAAUGAACCAGGGAAUCGUGACGGUCAGACUCGACUCAUAAAGGAGGAUUCAAAUGUCGAGGCGUAUCAGUGGAGCAUGAGUGAUGGGCGCUGGGUGAAGAUCGGAGAUGUAGUUGGCGGGUCUUCUAAGCAGAGCUCAAAUCGAGUGAUGUACGAAGGCAAGGAGUACGACUUCAUCUUCACCAUUGAUGUGAAUGAAGGAGGUUCACCCUUGAAACUGCCUUACAAUUUGAAGGAUGACCCCUGGCUGACUGCCCACAACUUUCUGGAGAAAAACGACCUGAGCCCCAUGUUCCUGGAUCAGGUGGCUAACUUCAUCAUUGAGAACACUAAAGGCCACACGUUGGGGUCGGCACCAACGGGCGCAGACCCCUUCACAGGUGCUGGGCGGUACAUUCCAGGUUCAGGAAUCGACAGCCAGGGAUUUGGAGCAGAUCCGUUCACAGGAGCAGGAAGAUAUAUACCUGGGUCAGGAUCCACCGGCACGUCGACUUCAGGCGUUGCUGAUCCUUUCACUGGUGGUAGUGCCUAUUCCUCCGCCUCACUUCAGAAAACUACAACAAACAUUUACUUCCCGAAUAUUGAUGGUGUUAUGUUUGAACAGGCUAAUGCCACUCAGAUUCUUGGUAAACUUCGGGAGCUGAACAACACCGCUCCUCAAGAUCACAAGCUGAGCGAGGCAGCACUGGACAGUUUGGAGAAGCUGUUGUUCAUAGUUACUGAUCCGAAGGAACAGCCCACUGCAGAGCAGAUCGGUGUUCUCUGGAAGGCCUGCCAUUGGCCAGAGGAUAUUGUCUUUCCUGUAUUGGACAUCCUGCGAUUGGCUGUGCGGCAUCCUGAGGUCAACGCCCAGCUUUGCGGUGGAACUGAGGGCGCCAGUCUUUGUAACCAUCUAUUGGGUCUCAUGUCCCCCGACGGCAGGCCUGCAAACCAAAUGCUUGCACUGCGUACGCUGUGUAACUGUUUCUCUGGGUCCCACGGUCGCGCUCUCCUUUUGGGUCAACGCGACGCCGUCCUCUCCCGGGCCGGAGACCUUCGCACAGUCUGCAACAAGAACAUCCACGUUGCUGUGGCUACCCUGGUGCUGAACUACGCCGGAAGGUUGUACGGUCAACCGGCCGAGAUCGAAGCAAAGGCACAGUGCUUGUCAGUGGCUAGCACCGCCUUAGAGGUAGUACAGGACAAAGAGGCUGUCUUCAGGCUGCUGGUCGCCCUGGGGACCACAGUGGCUGGAGACGGCACAGCAAAGGACCUUGCACGAUCUCUGGGUGUCCGUUCUCAGAUUUCGAAAUAUGCCGGUGUCCCCGAUCCAGCUAAAGUGGGGGAGUGCUGUCGACUGCUGCUCGAUGAACUGCAGUGAUGUUAUAGACGGGGUCAGGUGAUCCAAAUGUAACUUACAUCUCCAUACCUUUAUGAUAUUCGUCGCUCCUCUUUCAAAUCUCUUAAGCCUCCUUACCAUUAGUUUGUAUUUAAAUUUUCACAUUUUGAUGAUGAAUGGUAAUGAAUGAAUGCAUGAUGUGAAUAAACACUGGUGAUUUAAUCAAAGUAUGUCUUAAAGAAAGAUUUGUGUUAUUGAUGUAAAUGGAAAAGGCAAUGCUGAACGUUACACCGUGACAUGAUUCUAGCGAUGGUCAAUUUGUCUGUCCAUAAACGUGAAAAGGUGGUGUGGCACAAUGCAAUCAAUCACAAAACACAGCCAAUCAGCUAAGUUUUUCUUUGUUUGUGCGCCCUCUCACACUUUUCCCUGUUUUGGCUAGUUUCCUUGUGCUGCACACACUCCUUUGCAUUAGAAGACAUAUUUUUUUUUUUUUUUUAUUCAAACUCAUUAUUUUACCAUCCAGUCAGAAAUUUGGAUUAAUAAAAUGACUUUGAUGGAUCCAUACAGGUAACACUGUAUGUCUCAUGCAUUUCAUUUUACUGACAUAAUCAAGGUAAACAACAUGUCAUUCUUGAGUUGAAAUAUAAGGCUACCACCAAUAAUUUUUCCCGUUUUAUUUCUAAAAUAUUUAGCAUCUGUACUUAAAACACAAGUGAAAUCCUCUGUGCCCACAAUGUAUAUCUUUCAAGUCUCAAUUAAAGGGAUAGUUCACUUUAAAAUGAAAAUUCUGUCAUCAUUUACUCACCCUCAUGUUGUUCUAAACCUGUAUGAAUUUCUUUUUUCUGAUGAACAUAAAAGAAGAUAUUUUGAGAAAUGAUGGUAAACACACAGCAGUAAGUGAACAUAGACUUCCAUAGUAGGAAAAAAUAUUUUGGAAGUAUUGUGAUAAAUGACUAAGAAAAUAUUUUGAUAAAUAAUGGUAAUCACACAGUUGACGGUAACCAUAAAAUUCCAUCAUAUUUUUUUAUUCCUACUAUGGAAGUCUAUGGUCACUUACU